AUGUCCAAAUCUCAAAACAGCAUGCUCGUGAAAAGCCUCAACGCACUGGUGGUUACACACAGCAUUCUCGUCGAGGACGUGGACGUGGACGCGGAAGUUACGGUAAUCGUCAAACCACUUCCAAUCCACCCUAUCCAAGCUAUCAAAAUGAAGGAACUCAGAAUCAAGGAUAUCGCUAUCCUCCAAGAUCUCAAGGCAACUAUCAAGGACGAUCUUCUGGAGCCAGUUCUCAAACCCAAGGACGCUUUGGGCAACGAAACCAUCAAACAAAUCGACCUCCGAAACCCUCAAAACCAUCAUUAUGCUGAAUCGCAUUACAAUCAAGACGGAAGUCAAGCCGAAGGCUCAGUUCCUGCUGGAACGUAUUACAACGAUCAGGAAGCGGAAUGCUUCGUUCCGGUUGGAACUGUCCCCAAAGUGGGCCAAGGCGGAAUGCCUUCUGCCGAAGAGCAGCAUGAUCAAUAUUUCGUACAAGGCCAAUUCGUCCAACCUCGUGAACAACAAGAAAUGUAUCCUCCUCCUGAAGACUCGUAUCCUCCAAAUGACUUGUAUCCUCCAACGGAUGAUCAAGGCUAUUAUCCAUACAAUGAUGCCUCUGAACAUUACCAUUACUACGAUGAAGCUCAUUGA